AUGGCGGUCACGCAAACGAGGGAGAGGUCGAGCGCAGUCGCGGGAGCCAACGAGUCAACCUCGAUUAAUAAAUGUUGUGUUGACGUAGGGUUGCUUGGAACGCAAUUGAGAGGUGGGCAUGGACACGAGAGCCAUGAUGGAGGAGGAGUUGCGCAUCCAUGGGACGGUAUUGGAGCAAUGGAACAUGGGAAAGAAGAGCUUGCCGAUGCUAUUGAGGGGAAGGUCGCACAUGACCUCGCGCGAGGCGGAGUAAUGACGCCAGAGGAACAUGAUAGAGAGCACAUCUCCGAGCUGACCACGAGGAGGGAGAUGACAACACAAGGGCCCGUCUCGUUCGGUCUUCGAUCAGCUACGAGACUCUCGAGUGGGCCUGUCACUGUGAAAGCUAGCUUAGAGCUAGGGUAA